UCAACGAUGGCCAAUGUUGUUAGUAUGAAUAGCCUGCUCAAUGGCAAGGAUUCGCGCUGGUUGCAGCUGGAGGUUUGCCGUGAGUUUCAGCGGAACAAAUGCUCACGCCAGGAUACCGAGUGCAAGUUUGCCCAUCCGCCGGCCAAUGUUGAGGUGCAGAACGGCAAGGUCACUGCUUGUUAUGACAGCAUUAAGGGUCGCUGUAAUCGUGAUAAACCGCCGUGCAAAUACUUUCAUCCACCACAGCAUCUGAAGGAUCAGCUAUUGAUAAACGGCCGCAAUCAUUUGGCCCUCAAGAAUGCACUAAUGCAACAAAUGGGCAUCGCGCCUGGCCAGCCGGUCAUCUCCGGCCAAGUGCCAACUGCUGCUACAAGUCCUUACUUGACUGGCCUACCCACCCAGCUCCUUCCUUACUAUGCAACCGGACACUUAGUGCCUACCACUUUGCUGGGACCCGAUCCAACGGCCGUUGCCUCACAGAUGGGCACGGUGGUGCCACAGACUGUCCAAGUGGCACAACAGAAAAUUCCACGCUCCGACAGAUUAGAGACAUCACCACUUACGGCACACCAACAACAACAACAGCAACAAAUGCAGCACAACAACAACACCAUCCCAACGGCUGGUGGCGUCGGCAUCGGCGCUGCUGGCGGCGCAUCAACAACACCAACUUCAACAACAACAACAACAGCUACAAAUCACAGCAGCAAUGCUGCCGCUGCUGCUGCUGCUGUCGCCGCCGCUACUCUAAUGAGCCAUCAUCAUCAGCAUACACUGGAAGUGGGCAAGAAGCGUUCAGCGGAUCCUGAAAUGUUUCCACUGCAAUUCUCUGGCAUGGUACCGUUCAAACGUCCAGCUGCCGAAAAGUCUGGAAUUCCAGUUUAUCAACCCGGUGCGACAACCUAUCAACAAUUAAUGCAGCCCUAUGUGCCAGUCUCAUCACAAACUAAAAUGCCACCACUUAAUGCUUCCUGUGUUAUCUAUACCGAUGCCAGCGGCCAGUUACUGGACACCCUCCCGGUGUGCCAAGAUUUUAAUAGAUCUAUGUGCAGUCGGUUAAAUUGUAGAUUCGUUCAUUUAACUGAAGAUGAUAAGGUCGAGGUGAUUGAUCAACGUGUUGCUGUCUGUCGCGAUCACGCCAACAGCCAAUGUCGUCGCAAGCAAUGCAAAUACUAUCACAUACCCAUUGUCUUGCCGCCGGCCAAUAUAAUGGCUGCCAUGAUCAGCAAUCCCAAUGAGCAGCAGGCGGCUGCCGUCACUAUGGUGGCUACACCAACAACAACACCAACAGUAGUUGCUGCUGCUGCUGGCUACGCCAACAACAACAACAACAACAACAACAAUAAUCUGAUCAUCAUUGAGCCGCAACAGCAGCAGCAGCAGCAACAACAGUACACUUAUCACAACAGCAACACCAAUUACUACACCAACAAAGCUGCCAGCAACAUGUAUCAACAACAGCAGCAGCAGCAGCAACACAUCACUUAUCACUGCAGCUCGCCCUACUCACCCUCGUCGGCCUCUUCGUCGUCCUCCUGCUCCAUAGCCACAUCGCCCACACUUUCGACAGCCACUACGCUCUCCACCACCUCGACAGCCACAAUGCCCACACCACAGCAACAGUACGCAGCAGCACCAACAGCUUUUCUCAAGGCGCCAGCCUACUACACCACCCACGAUGCCACGCCCACUCUGGUGCUGAGCAGCGAUUACAAUUCGAAUUGCAUACCGCUGCAGGCAGCCCCGUUUAUCUCGCUGCCACAGCAACAUGUGCUGAAGUAUCCGCAGCAGCAGCAGCACCAGCAACAGCAGCAACAGUUGCAGCUGCACCAUCAGCAACAUGCCUAUGUGGGUCAUUAUCCGGUGGUGGCCACCACAGUGGCUGCUCUCCCAGCCAACACAAUCACCGUUACGCCGGCCACAAUAGCCGCCAACUCAUCCGCCUGCAUCUAAGUCAGUCAGUCAGUCAGUCAGUCAAUCUCAACAACAAUUUGGAACCUUUUUGCAUCAAAGCUUCGAUAUGAACUAUUUACAAAACGCCGGGCGGGGGGCUUCACAUAAUGAUUCAGACAUUGAGUAAAAUCUACAGAACUUUUUCGUACGUAUAGCAAGACUUAAGCGUAAGUGUGUUGUAAGCAUCAAAUUUACACAUAAUUGUGAAAUAACGAGUGACAACUCUACAAUAUUAGAUAACAAAAAAAAACAUUCAAGAAAAUUAACAAAAAAAAAAA